AUGAAGCUCGAUCCAAAGGCGAUGCGGUAUCUUACCAUAGAGGACUUCCGUACCCUUGCAGCUGUUGAGAUGGGCAGUAGGAAUCAUGAAGUUGUACCGACGCCAUUAAUCAUCCAGUUAUCCGGGCUGCGCGGUGGUAGUAUUGUGCACAAGUGUAUAUCGAAUUUGGCAAAGAUCAAUCUGAUAGCGCGAGUUAAGAAUGCGAAAUACGACGGUUAUCGCCUCACCUAUGGCGGCCUCGACUACCUCGCCCUCCACACCCACCAAAAACAAAAAUCCAUAUACUCUGUCGGUAACCAAAUCGGCGUCGGCAAAGAAUCAGACAUCAUCGUCGUCGCCAGCUCAGACGGCGCACAACGCAUUCUGAAAAUUCACCGUUUGGGGCGCAUUUCCUUCCGCACCGUCAAGACCAACCGCGACUACCUGCGCCACCGCAGUUCGGCGUCCUGGAUGUACAUGUCACGCCUAGCAGCGAUGAAGGAAUUUGCGUUCAUGAAAGCGCUACGGGACCAUGGAUUUCCUGUGCCGGAGCCCAUUGUGCAGAAUAGACAUACGAUUGUUAUGAGUUUGAUUGAUGCGUUCCCGCUUAGGCAGAUUUCAUCCGUUCCGGAUCCAGCGGGGCUUUAUGCGGAGCUUAUUGAGAUGAUUGUGCAAUUGGCGGGGGUGGGGCUUAUACAUGGAGAUUUUAACGAGUUUAAUAUUUUGAUUAAAGAGGAGGCUGUGGAGAAAAAUUCCGACGUUGCGAAGGGGAAAAUGAAGGAAGGUGAUGAUGGAAGAGAGGAAGUUGAAGUCAAUUUGAUUCCCGUUCUGAUUGAUUUCCCGCAAAUGGUCUCUGUGGAUCAUCCCAAUGCAGAAAUGUACUUUGAUCGAGAUGUGAAUUGCAUCAAACGGUAUUUUCAGAGGAGGUUUGGGUUUGUGAGUGAUGAGAAGGGACCAUUUUUCAAGGAUGUGAAGAAAUUGGUGGGAACAAAGAAAGGUGGAGCAAGAUUGGAUGUCGAGGUUGAGGCAUCGGGAUUUUCGAGGAAGAUGGCACGGGAGUUGGAGGCGUAUAUGAAGGAGGUAGGGGUUGAUGGGGACGGAGAUGCUGGAGGGGAGCGUGAUGACUUGCGGUCUGAUGAGGAAGGGAAUGUAGGCGAAACUGAGGGUGAAGUGGAAGAUGAAGAGGGAUCUGAAGCUGAGGAAGGAAAUGAGGAUGAGGUGUCCCUAGAUGGUGAGGUCGAUGCUCUGGGAAAUCUGAUACGGAAGAAAUUGAAAGGACCGCGGGAGGAUACGCAAAAGGCGUCUGAAUCUAAAUCUACAACGGAUAAUAGGGAUUGA